UUUUCCAUUUAGUGAACUCGCGGCGUUUCGCAGAUAAUGUCCGAGAAUGUCCAUUUCUGGGACUUUGAGCAACUAUUACGUGGACUCCAUCAUAAGUCACGAGAGCGAUGAACUCUCAACCCCGGCUCGCUUUCCCAGUGUCCAGUAUUCCGGCUCGAGCUCCGCUGCAGCCGCGGGCGGGAGGCAGCCCGGCGGAGCAGCGCUCGCGGAGCAUCCCCACCCCGAGUCGUACCCAUCAUGCAGCUUCCAACCGAAGCCUCCGGUCUUCUCAUCGUCCUGGAGCCCGUUCAGUCCCCACCACGGUGCCAGUGGCCUCCCUACUGUCUACCACCCCUACAUUCCAGCCCAGCACGUGCCCGCCGCGGAAACACGGUACCUACGCUCAUGGCUGGACUGCGCGCCGCGAGGCUCCGAGUCUGUCCCGGGGCAGGGCCAGGCGGGGCAGGUCAAACUGGAGCCUCAGCUCGGCCAUCACGGCGGGGAGAUCCCACCAAAAAUCGGUGUACAGCACCAGCACGAGACCACCACGUACAUCUUGGAGUCGACGUCCACGGCUGCGCGCGAGCUAAACCAUCAUCCGGCCGCCAUCCCGAGAGCAGGGUUCGAAGAAAAUAAGGACAUUUGUGAAGGGAGUGAGGACAAAGACGCCCCGGAUCAAACUGACCCUUCGGCAAACUGGCUACAUGCACGCUCCUCCAGGAAGAAGCGGUGCCCGUACACCAAAUAUCAGACGCUCGAGCUGGAGAAGGAGUUCCUGUUCAACAUGUACCUCACGCGGGACCGGCGACAUGAGGUGGCUCGCGCGCUAAACCUGACAGAGCGCCAGGUGAAGAUCUGGUUCCAGAACAGGAGGAUGAAAAUGAAGAAACAGACCAAGGACCAACCCAAGGACUAGCGAGACUCCCACUGGCGCGCGCACAUACACAUUCAGAUGCACAUUCAAGCUCACAAUAUGUAUCCAAAAAAAAGUCCCAUGUUUCGUAUGUCUAGAACACAAAAUGGCCUUCUCAAUCACUGAAAACACACACACAAAUUCACACACACAAAAUUUGUUCAAACCUUCAGCCACUAAAACGUGAGCUUCAGUCCUAUCACACCAAUGUAUCUGCUCCAACUGAUCAGCGGCCUUAUUGAUUUCUGGCUGAGGACUCCUCCGCGUCACAACACGUCAACACUGAAGUCUAAAGAAGCUCGGAAACACGUCUGACGUUUGAACUUUGGGUUUCACUUUGUAGUCAUGGAGGAUUAUGGGUAAAAACUCACCGACCAGACUCUUCUUUAAACAGGUCGACUCCAUAUAGCACUGCAGAUUGGACUGUUUGUUUGUGAACUGCUAGCUCUCGCCUGUGCUUCGUCUUCAUAGUUUUAUACGCUUUAAUGUAGGCUUUGAUUACAAAAGGGGAGAAAGCAGCAACCC